UGACCGGAAACAAAUCAUAUGAUCAGUGUUUACAAAAAAAAAAAAAAAAACACAACCCUGACUUCAUUCACACAGACGCCGCUCGACGUGCACGAUAUUUUGUAGUGUUUACGGUGAUCAUGAGGCUUGUGAUCCUUGAUGACUAUGACCUGGCAAGUGAGUGGGCUGCCAAAUACAUCCGCAACCGUAUUAUCCAGUUCAAGCCCAGUGCAGAGAGAUACUUUACUCUUGGCCUGCCCACAGGAAGCACGCCACUGGGGUGUUACAAGAAGCUGAUUGAGUAUUACAAGAGUGGAGACCUUUCCUUUAAAUAUGUGAAGACUUUUAACAUGGAUGAGUAUGUUGGUCUGCCAAGGGACCAUCCGGAGAGUUACCAUUCCUACAUGUGGAACAACUUCUUCAAACAUAUCGACAUCGAACCACAGAAUACUCACAUUUUGGAUGGCAAUGCGACUGACCUGCAGGCAGAGUGUGACUCAUUCGAGCAGAAGAUAACAGCUGCUGGGGGCAUUGAGUUGUUUGUAGGAGGAAUUGGACCUGAUGGCCACAUUGCCUUUAAUGAACCAGGUUCCAGUCUGGUGUCAAGGACGCGAGUGAAGACACUGGCUAAGGACACUAUAGUGGCCAAUGCUCGCUUCUUUGGAAAUGACUUGUCUAAAGUCCCCACCAUGACCCUCACUGUUGGUGUGGGCACAGUUAUGGAUGCUAAAGAGGUUAUGAUACUGAUCACAGGAGCACACAAAGCAUUUGCCUUAUAUAAGGCCAUAGAAGAAGGAGUGAACCAUAUGUGGACUGUGUCUGCCUUCCAGCAGCACCCUCGUACCAUCUUCGUGUGUGACGAAGAUGCCACGCUUGAGCUCAGGGUCAAGACCGUAAAAUACUUUAAAGGGCUGAUGCAUGUCCACAAUCAGCUGGUUGAGCCGACACACAGCAUGAAGGACUAUAUGGAUUAAGGCUGAAGGCCGGGGAGUACGUUGUGUCAUAUGGGAAUGAAGUGGAUUUGCAUCAGUUUGUGGUAGUGGAAUGUGGUUUCUCACAUGGCACAAGCCCCUAGAACUCACAAAGGUGCCUGAAAUACCAGUGAUGUGUAGAUUCCAAAUUUGCAUCACAUUAAUGUUUACUUGCACAACAGCAAAUGCAAACUCUUGUCUGCCAAUUUAAAACUAUUGGUAAAGGCAGCAUUAUAAAGACCAGGAUGGAAUGAGUAUGAAGUCAAGUUUUAUUAUAAGUCAUUUCUGGCCUUUUGUUGUUGAAGAAAGACCUCUUGCAUUUUAUUUCACUCCUCUGUUUAAGGCUUAAACACUAUUUAACCAUUGCAUAUUUAAUGUGCCUUGAAGUUCUAUUACUGUAUUGAAUGAUAAGGUGGGGUUCAUCGGUGAAGAGAUUCUGGUUCAUAUGAGAUCUGGUUUAGGUUACUUGAAGUAUUUGACAGACCUUUUCCUUUCAAAUAGAAAAUCUUGAAACACAAACACAUUUUAGAAUUUUAUGGUCAUUUAUUUAAAACUUAACCUACAGUGAUCUGCUGUUCAUAUUCAAUUCACUCAAAUAUAUUUUGGACUAAAAGACAAAAUCUGCAGCUAUGGAAAUGAUGACCGUUUCAUUAUAAGGCACUUUCCUUAGCCCAGGCCUGGAUUGACCCUGACUCUGCUAAUUAAUAUGCUGAGACAUCUAAGUCAAAUCCAACCAAAGCUGACUUGCACAGUAUGUGGUUUGAAAUAAUGCCCUUUACACUUGGUAGUAAAAUAUUUAAUAUACAGGGAGGCAUUUUGGAUGGAACUACAAUAUACAAGCUAGAGACCAAUCCAUCUCUGGAAUCUUAAGUGAUAAGUUUAUUUGGGACCAACAUUAGUGGUGUAUUUUCCCAAAAUUUUUUCUCAGACUUCCUUAUUGCUUGAACUAUGAAACACUAUGUGACAAACAGCAGCUCAUAAAAUCAGAUCCAGCCAUUGUAAAUGUUUCAGCACCAUAAAUCAGCCUAUUUAGUCUGAAUAUAUGUUUCCACCACAUGUUCACUCUUUAAUAUUACUAUGUUGGCUUUCUUUCUUUUUCUUUCUUUCUUUCUUUCUUGUGUUUAGAAAUGUUACUGCAUGGAAUGUUACCUUGGAAUCAUUCGUAUGACUGAAAUUAUUUGUAACCUCUUUCAGCCUCAAUAUGUUGAUUUGCUUAAACUGUACUAUACCUGUGAAAGAUGAUAGCAACAGUGUUAAUGUUUAUUUUCUGUUGAAAGGUUUGCAUUCACCUCAUUAGUAAAACUGCUGUUACCAGACUUUCAUUUUAAUACCAAAUCCUCUGAAUCGUAUGAAUGGUAAAUAAAGCUUGUUUGAUUAAAAUA